UCUCAGGUAAACAGAGCAUCUUGGAGGAGGAAUAGGAUAACUUCAACUAUGACUCACCGACUUUUGUCUCUUAAUAAUCUAUAUUUGUGGCGACAAAUACCCAUUCGAACCAUGUCCCAAAUUGGCUUUAUAGGACUUGGCCAUAUGGGCAAUCCUAUGGCCAAGAAUCUACUCAAAACUGGCCAUAAACUUAAUGUCUUUGAUAUAGCCAAAAAAGCCUGUGAUGCUAUAAAGGCCAAAGGAGCCCUAGUUCACCCAGGAGUCACCGAAGUGACCAGGAAUUCCAACUAUGUGAUCACCAUGCUGCCCAACAAUGCCACUGUAGAAGCCACCUACAAGGAAAUCCUAACCAAAACCUUCAAAAGAGAUACAACAUUCAUAGAUUGCUCCACAAUCUCCCCAGAGUUGGCCAAGUCUUUGCAGAAAAGGAUCACCUACCAGGGAGGCCGUUUCCUAGAUGCCCCCGUAUCUGGAGGAGUACCUGGAGCUCAGCAGGCCAGCCUCACCUUUAUGGUAGGAGGAGCUGAAGCUGACUUCAGGGCGGUUAAGGGUAUACUGGAGUGCAUGGGACGACGCAUUGUCCACUGUGGAGUCCCUGGAAUGGGUCAGGCGGCCAAACUGUGCAACAAUAUGAUGCUGGCCAUCUCCAUGAUUGGCGUUUCGGAGGCCAUGAACUUGGCCGUGUCCCAAGGCUUAGAUGCCCAGACCUUUGCCGAGAUAAUCAACUCAUCCACGGGUCGUUGCUGGACUUCUGAAUUCUACAAUCCAGUUCCUGGAAUAUCUGCCUCAACUUUGGUUAACAAAGUUCCCAUUUCUUUGAUCAACAAAGAUCUUGACUUGGCCUUAGAUGCAGCCAAAGCCUCGAAAUCACCGAUACCCAUGGGAGAGCUGACCCAUAAGAUUUACAGUUACCUAAUUACCCAGGGUCUGGGACAGAGGGAUUUCUCUGAUAUUUAUCAAUUAAUGAAAGAGAAAAAAUUCUCUACUGAGGCUCUUGGCCUGGCCAAAGCGCUGCUUCAGCUGGCUGGUAUUGGCCCGGAAUCUCUGCAGAAGCUGCUGCUGUUUGGAGACAUUUGA